CGUGUUAGUUUUCUUUGAAGAUUGAGGUUAGUUCGAUAGUGAUUAACCGAGUCGAAUAAACUAUCAAUAUAAUAAAUUUUUUUUUUAAAUAGAGAAGUAAUUAUAUUCUAUAAAUUUUAUUGUAAUACUGAGUCAAAAAUAUGAAAAAAUGAGUUCGCCAGUGAAAUUAUAUCAAUGUAGAUUAUGUUUAAAUAAAACCCCUACUAGAGUAAGUAUCUUCGGAGGCGAUUUUCCAAAAAUGUUGGACGUAUUAACUUCGAUAAAGGUACAUGAAAACGAUGGACUUCCAAAAUACAGCUGUAUAAAAUGUGCUAAAGAAGUUCAAAUGGCUUUGAUGGUAAAAAAGCGUAUCAUCAAAGCACAUAAACUUCUUUUAGAAGCUGUAAAAAAAAAGAAACAUUUAUUAGAACAAACUUUGGGAUCAAUUACUUCGAAUAAACUCACUCAACCGAAACAAACAACAACAAAUGUCGUCAAAAAUAAAGUUAUUCAAAAUAAAUCUAAAGUUGUAAGAACUCUUAAAACUACUACAUAUGUUGAGAUUGGAGAAAGUUCGGGAUCAAAUAUUCAAGAUACUUUUAAUAACGACGAGAAAUAUUUACAAAAAAAUGUAAAAACAGAAAAAGAAUCAGAUUAUGAAAAACCAAACCAAGAACAACAAAAAGGAGAUUUGGACGAUAAAAAUUUGCAAGAUAUAAUAGAUGAAGUACAGGAUCAGAUAAAAACUGUAGGAUUUACAUGUGAAACAUGUAGUUUGAGUUUUUCAGACAAAGCGAGUUUCAAUUUGCACAACUUGAAGCACAAAAAAACGAAAUGUCACAUCUGCGGUCGGCUGAUUAGAUCGGACAACAUACGGAAACAUGUGAUGCUGCAUACGGCGGGUCCUUCGGUGUGUUCUUUGUGCGGCGUCACUUGCAAGAACAUCGAAAGUUUGCGCGGCCACAUAUUCUAUCAACACAAACACGCCGCCGAGCAGUACGUCUGCGAAGAAUGCGGCAAAGCGUUCCGGAUAAAAUAUAAGUUUUUGUUGCAUAAAAAGAAAGCCCAUAUGGGUCUGAGGAACUUCAAAUGUCUAACGUGCGGCAAGGCUUUCUUCACCAACGGAAAUUUAUUGACGCACGUCAGGAUGACGCACGAAAAAUUGAGGCCGCACGUGUGCGAAUAUUGCGGUACGGGGUUUUCGUCGACGUACGCCCUGAAAACCCACAAGAGACAACACACCAAUGAGAAACCGUUCGUUUGCGAAUAUUGCUUCGAGGGUUUCAGGCAGAGGGUGUCUUUGAGAUCGCAUCUGAAAUCGAAACACGGCAUCGAGGAAGCCAAAGAAUGUUUUUGUAAAGUGUGCGAUAAGGGAUUCGCUACUAAUUACGCGUUGAGUAUACACGAAAGGCUACACGAAACGGAAAAAUGCGAAAUUUGUUCGGAAGCUUUCGCCGGAUCGGAAUUUUUGAAUAAUCAUCUCAAAGAGGUGCAUAAUAUUAAAAACGAAGCUGAAACGACCGCCUAAAUUAUAUUUUUCUGUAUAUGUUUUUGAAUUUUCGAUAAGCUGUAGUAUUACGUUCAAAAAAUGUAUGGAAUUUUGUCAUUAAAAGGAAAAAAAAUGUU